AUGAAGGUAUUUUCCAUUCUCACGGUUUUGUUCGCGGCGGUUUCCGCGACACCUACUCCAACUGUCGAUGGGAGCCCAGAAAAGGCUCGUUUGGCUAAGCGAGCAUCCGUUUCGGACAAAGCAACUUUGGGAUACGCUACUCAGAAUGGAGGCACGACCGGCGGCUCGGGCGGUACUGUGACUACUGUGUCAACCCUUGCUCAGUUUACCGAGGCAGUUAACGAGAAAGACGCAACUGCCAGAAUUGUUAUGGUAAAGGGCAUAAUCUCUGGGGCGUUGAGUGUUCGUAUUGGAAGCAACAAGUCAGUCAUCGGUUUGCCCGGUGGUGGCUUCAGUGGUGUUGCUCUCUAUGCCCGCCGGCAGAGCAAUAUCAUUGUUCGUAAUAUUGUCUCCUCGAAUGUGGAGGCAGAAUACGGGGACGGUCUCAAAAUUGAUGCAAGCACUAAUGUCUGGGUCGACCAUUGCGAGUUCAAGUCUGUUCUUGUUGCAGACAAGGACUACUAUGACGGGCUCGUCGACGCGUCCCAUGCCGCGGAUUUCAUAACCAUUUCAUACACCUACUUCCAUGAUCACUGGAAGACUUCUCUCAUUGGGCAUAGCGAUAAUAAUGCGGAUGAAGAUACAGGCCACCUCCGCAUCACAUACGCUCACAACUACUGGAAGGACUGUGGCUCCCGUGCACCAUCUCUCCGUUUUGGAACUGGCCACGUCUAUAACUCUUACUUCUUGAACUUGAACUCGGCAAUCAAUUCUCGCAUGGGCGCUCAAAUGCUGGUCCAGAGCAAUGUCUUCAGCAACGUCUCCGUCCCUAUCACCAGCGUAGACUCUGAUGAAGUCGGGUCAGUAGUACUAGAAAAAGUCGAUGAGAAUCAAGCUGACUACUGA